UCCCUACAGUAUAGAAAUGGAGCUGAAGAUUUUACGUACGAUAAAAGAAAGCUUUGGACGUGUUAUCUAAAGAUCAUAGUUACGCUCAACAAGUUUGAAGUAAUCGAUAGUGAAGUUACGUCCUUCCCUCGGGCGUUCUUGAAUAGACUACUUACUACAGUCAAAGCUUUGACUGUAUAUGUAACUGCCAUAACGCAACCAGAUGCAUACGUCCCAACUGGUUGUCAGCCUACGUCCCGUGUUAUGAUCAAGAAAAAAAGCCACGAAGACAAGAUCGAGAAAGAAUCGGCCAAACCAAAUUCUACGUUCGACGAAUGCACUACUGCCGUUAAUGCCGUCAAGUCUGUACAAGAAGAUAAUGAAUCUGCCCACACAGACCCACUCUGGUGGGGUGUUCUAGAUUUCCGUGAGGAUAACGCAUCUCCGAGUCCAAACCUCCCUCGUGCUAAGGAUUUCCUCUCGACUGAUGAGGUCAAUCGUUUGAUGAGCAUGACAAGAAAGAAGAGAAGAAAAAUAUCAGUAAAUCAGCAGAAUCUUUCUUAG